CUGUCUUGCCGUUCUCUGAUUAAGAAUUCAUCUUCUAGCACUUUCUUAAUUGUGUUCUGCCAACUUUCAGCUCCUUGAAAGACCAUGAAGCCACUACUCCUAUUAGGCUGAAAAAUAAAAAUUAGAGUCCAGGAAACAGAUAUGGAAAAGACACGGAUUGCUAAGGUGGAAAAUGUCACCUUGUCCAGGCGCGGUGAACGGGCUAAAGGCACGCUUCAUCUUACUCCCCAUCAUUUGAUAUUUUCGCAUAUUCCUCCUGCCCCAGAAGGAUCGCAAGACGCCAAUAUCCCAGGAAAGCCGCGCGAAUUGUGGAUCACGUAUCCGAUUAUUUGCUUCUGCACCUUUAGACCGGCAACGAUAUCCUCCCGCCAGCCGUCGUCGAUCCGUAUACGAUGUCGAGAUUUUACAUUCGUGUGCUUCUUUUUUCCCAACGAAGCGCAAGCAAGAGAUGCGUACGAGAGUAUAAAGCUUUGGACGUGUAAAAUUGGGCGUGUUGAGAAACUUUACGCCUUCACGUAUCAACCUCCCCUGCCUGAGCGAAGCUUCAACGGCUGGGAUCUUUACAAUCCUCGGGAAGAAUGGGCGCGCCUAGGAGUUGGAAACCCGGAUUCCCCGUCCGGUUGGAGGUUAUCGGCUAUAAAUUCAGAUUACAAUUUCUCACCAACCUAUCCUUGUUUAUUACCUGUUCCCACGAAUAUAUCGGAUAAUACCAUUAAUUAUGCUGGUCGAUAUCGCUCGAGAGCUCGAAUACCGGUCUUAACCUAUUUACAUCCCCUAAAUAAUUGUUCAAUCACACGAUCGUCACAACCGCUUGUUGGCGUCCGCAAUAACCGAAGUAUUCAAGACGAGAAGCUCCUCGCUGCGAUCUUCUCUACCUCCAGACAAGAAAAAUCUGCCAACGGGACGCCGCCUUCCCUGGAACAUGAAUCAUCGAACUCGAGCUUAGAAGACCAAUAUGGUGUUCAGUCUGAUUUUGACUUCUCGAACGCGGAAGAAUUGGAAGAUGAAGUGAUAUCAGCGGUGCAAUCUGCUCCAAAAGAACCAAAACCACAAGUUUACGGUGCCCAGCAACACAAUCUCAUCGUUGAUGCUCGCCCAACAGUGAACGCGUUUGCGAUGCAAGCGGUCGGCCUGGGCUCAGAAAAUAUGGAUAAUUAUAAAUUCGCUACAAAAGUUUAUUUGGGUAUAGACAAUAUUCAUGUCAUGCGAGAUUCACUUAAUAGGGUUAUUGAUGCCCUGAAAGACUCCGAUGUGACAUCCUUGGGGCCCAAUCGUGACCAGCUCGCGCGCAGCGGAUGGUUAAAACAUAUUACGGGCCUCCUAGACGGUGCUGCGCUAAUCGCAAGACAGGUUGGACUGCAGCACUCCCACGUCUUGAUACAUUGCUCAGAUGGAUGGGAUAGGACAAGCCAGCUUAGUGCGCUCAGCCAAUUAUGUCUCGACCCUUACUACAGGACACUCGAAGGCUUCAUGGUACUUGUUGAGAAAGAUUGGCUUUCUUUUGGCCAUAUGUUCCGCCAUAGGUCGGGGCAUCUGAAUAGCGAAAAGUGGUUUCAAGUUGAGAAUGAUCGAAUUGGUGGUGACGUGAGGGGCGGAUUUGGUGACGCCGGUGCUGCGGGAAAAGCAAUUGAAAACGCCUUCUUGAGUGCCAAGGGGUUCUUCAACAGGGACAACGUUAGCCGGGAUUCAUUAGGGGAUUCUGACGGAGAAAUCGUCCCCUUGGAAUCCGACAGUGAUCCCAGGAGAACCAUCCCACGUUCAAAAUCUCCGGCCAACGACGUUGAAAUUACCAAAGUUAAGGAGACGAGCCCUGUCUUCCAUCAAUUUCUCGAUGCCACCUACCAGCUACUCUACCAACAUCCGACCCGAUUCCAGUUCAACGAGCGUUUCCUCAGGAGGCUUCUUUAUCAUCUCUACGCUUGCCAGUAUGGCUCAUUUCUUUACAAUAGUGAAAAGGAACGUGUGAACUCCAAGGCAAAAGAGAUGACGCGGAGUGUAUGGGAUUACUUCCUCGCGAGAAGGGAGCAGUUCUUGAAUCCCAACUAUGAUCCUAAUAUUGACGACAACCAGAGAGGCAAGGAGAGAUUAUUGUUUCCCCGAACUAACGAGGUGAGGUGGUGGAGCGAGGCAUUUGGCCGACAAGAUGCUGAAAUGAAUGUACCACAUGCGCGGACCACUAGUGUUCGGGGCGACAGAGCCAUGUCCAGUGGAACUCGAACGCCAGUCUUGACCGGCGUGGAAACGGCUGAUCAGGCGAUUGGUAGUGGAGCCUUGAGUAAGCCUUCUUUGAGCCCUGCGCCGUCAUCGGGACUUGCCGCAUUAGCUGCGGAGCUCUCUGGAUUGGGCUUUCGAGCAGGAAGAGACGGGACACCUGGAACAGGGACUCCCUCAGUUAAACCAAAAGAAAUGGAGGUAGAGAUGCAAUAAUAGCGAAUUUUAUUGUUUCCACUGCCAUGUUGCGGGUAACGAUGAGGUAGACUACGAUGGGUUAUUUAAAAAUCAGCGACGGCUUUCAGUGUUUUGGAAUUGGGCCAGCAUUCGGGACGGGGAGUUGGACUUUGUUGGGGGACUUGGUUUCAUUGGUUGGCGUUGUGCUCUCUGGUGAAGAUAGCUACACGAGG